AUGUCCGACAUCAUCGAGUCCCUUAAAGACGUCGUCGAUCCUUCUCGGCGUGAACAGGCAACCACCGAGACAUAUGAUCCUCACACCCGCGGGCCAUAUCCUGACCACAAGCCCGCAACCGACAACAAUCCGGGUUCUCUUGCGGCUCCUGAAGCAUCCCAGCCUGCCUUGGAGAAAGCAGACCCAGCGCGGAAGGAACAGGCUGAUUUGAGUGAGACGGGCGCUAAAGAGAAAGAGACAAAGUAAACGAGAGUGACGACCCGCGGAACGUUCUGGGCAUUACGAGGGAGCAAACAAACUGUAUGAUUAGCGCUUGUGGCACAACUUGAACCUAUUCUACGAACUCUAUUCCAUCUAGUGACAACCGCCCUCAUACAAGACGAUGUGCUCGGGUACUGCAUCCCCAUCAAAGGGGAUCUGCACUAGCAGAGUAGGCUCAUCGCUCGGAAAUUCUGUAUAAUGGCCCGCUAGGGUACUGAUGCUCUUCAAGUCUGCUGCGAUGAGCAUAGACGACCUGAGAGUUCCUGGGAGGAUGUAGGCGGUUUUGGUUUCUGGUUUUUUGUAUUCCUGGUCUUCUCCCACUCCUCCCAUGUCGCCUUCGCCGUGGCCAAUUGACAUCAUGACGGAAUCGUUCAGCGGACCUUUUCCAAUUCCAUCAGUCGGUCUCGGAGCCGGCGAGGUGAUUCUGAUAAGUCCGUUCAGUAUUAUGGAG